AUACAUAUGGCUGUUCUUGUUUUCUUGGAUUUAUAAUGUUGAUUUUGAUGCCGACUUUUAACUCCUGGGAGUAUUCUCUUUUCCAGGAAAUAAACAAAAAUGAUUGGAUCCUUGCUUACCAGAGGACUCGUGAUGGUUUUUGGCUAUGCAUAUCCAACGUACGAAUGUUAUAAAACUGUUGAAAUGAAUAAGCCUAACAUUGGGCAACUGCUGUUUUGGUGCCAGUACUGGAUAUUGGUGGCUGUUUUGACAGUUGGUGAGAGAAUUGUUGAUGCUUUUGUUUCAUGGGUUCCAAUGUACAAUGAGGCUAAGUUGGCAUUCUUUAUAUACUUGUGGUACCCUAAAACAAGGCAUCCUCAACUAGCCAAAAAAGUAGAUACUGCAUCUGAAAGUACUAGCCAGCCGGCAGAAACUGAAGCAGAAGCAAUGCAAAUUGAAACGGUGCCUCCUCCUCCACAGAAUGAAGGCACAAACCCUCCCCCGAAAGAGACUCUCAUGAGACAAAGCAUUCGACUCACACGUGGUAGAUUGAGGAAAAACCGUUCUGCACCUCGUUAA